GUCGUCGGUAAUCAACUGCAAUGUGGUCCAAUGGGACGCUCACUGAUAAAAAUCUGUUUCUCAGGUCACCUGCGAAGGUUAAGUUUAAUAAUAAUAUAACCUGUACGCACGAUCGCGUUGUUUUAAAUUUUAUUGAAUUGUUUAUGUAAAUUUUGAUGGCUUUUUCACAACCGAACGCAAGAGAAUUACAAAAUAGAAAGAUCUUAGAAGAGCUGCAGCUGAAGAAGCAGAUGCUUCUGAAACAGGGAGUCGCACCAACCUUAAACACGUUGGGAGUCUCGUCAACUGGCUCUGUAUCAAAUAUAGCUGCAACACAAUCUAAUGAUGGAGUAGCAAUGAGUGCGUCAGCAAGAGCAGCAUUGCAUAAUGCACAUGCGGCAUCGUUCGGUUAUUUCGUUACGCAGGACUCUUCUUUUGGGAAUCUGAUAUUACCAGUUCUCCCUAGGUUUGAUAAUAAAUGAAUAAUGGCUGGAAUUCGACUUCGUCAAUUAGAAGAAUAUCUACAGCAACUGGAUGUGUUCGAAAAUCCAAAAGUCACACUCGAGCAGUAUGCCACCAGUGCGCAUAUUGCUUCACAUUUGUUGUACACUGCACAAUCGCAAUUUGACGAUAUAAAAGGUAAAAGCGUGGCUGAUCUAGGUUCUGGAUGUGGCACAUUGUCGUUAGGUGCCAAGAUGCUUGGUGCUGAAUAUGUAGUUGGAUUCGAGAUAGAUUCUGAGGCAGUUGACAUACAAUACAGAAAUUGCAGUGACAUAGAACUCUUUGUCGAAGUUGUACAGUGUGAUAUACUGCAAUAUUUACCAGGAAAAUUUGAAAAAUACUUUGAUACUGUUAUAAUGAAUCCACCUUUUGGCACCAAAAAUAAUGCCGGUACUGACAUGAAGUUCCUGGAAGCGGCAAUCAGGCUUUCGUCCAAUGCGAUUUACUCUCUGCACAAGAGCAGUACACGAGAUUACGUUCUAUCGAGGGCGACACAGCUCGGCGCAAGAGGAACAGUGAUAGCCGAACUUAGAUACGAUUUGCCAAAGGCUUACAAAUUCCAUAAAAAAGCGUCCGUCGAUAUUCAGGUGGAUUUUAUACGAUUUGAAUUAAAGCGUUAAUUCAUUUUUCAA